GCCUUUGAAGACUCAAAGAAUCCUGUAGUUGCUGCAGCCAGUUGUAUUACCGAUUUAGAUUUUAGCACGUGCUUAGAAGAAUUCAUUAUUCCUGCAACGCAACGGGUGAUGGCUGCACUUAAUAUCACAGGCAACACAUUGAGAUCGAUGUCCCUUUUUCAUGAUGCAAUAUACUGUUUUGAUCAAACGAUCGCUCUCUGCGGUAAGAUUGAACCUGCUUCAAGUCUAAUGGUUACAGGAAAUGCUUCCUGUGCCGAAAAGUCAUUAGAAUAUUUGGAAUUACUUUUGCAUGACGAUAAAAAAAUAGGAAUAAGUGCAUUUGUAGAGGUAGGUAAAGUGUGCAGUAACAAAGCUAGCCUUCUCUUCGAUCUUGGUCAGUAUGAACAAUCACUUGUGUUACAUGAUCGCCAUCUCCGCUUAACGCUGCAGCAAAUAUAUCCUGACGAUAAACAACAAACCAUAGCUCGAAAUAACAUUGGUAAAACGAUGGUGUCCCUUUGUAAAUCCACUGACAAUAGAUGUUUGUUAGAUGAAACAAUAACAUUUAUUGAAAAGUCAUUAGUGAAACUUGAUCAAUUACGUUCUGUAGACUUUUCUUUUUUUGAGCGCAGUCGUGGUAUCGCACAAGGUCAUCUUGGUGAAUGUAUUCUAUUGCUUGCAUUAUAUGAGGAUAAAGAUAAAGAGCUUUUAGAACGUGCACUGAAGGAAUUUGAUGAAAUGGUUAAGAUUACAAGUGGUGAAACAGGUCUAAAAAAGGAUCCAGGUGGGCUAGGGAUUGCACUUUCUGGAAAGAGUAGAGUAUUACUACUUUUAGGUAAUGACAAAGCAACUACUGCUAUAGAAUGUGGACAAAAUUCUUAUAAAGAAAACAUAAGUUGUGGAGCACGUUUUCGUUCUGGUCUUAGUGGAGUUGCCUUGGCAGAAGUCUACCUUGCUCAAUGCAACUUUGAAUGCGCAGAAAAAGAGCUACGAAAUGUGACUGAAAUAUUUGAUACACUUUUGAGAGAGCUUCCUGAUGACCAACAACGUGUAAGUAUAUUUGAACAAAUGUCUAAAGCAUACACACUUCUUCAGUAUGCACUAUUUCAACAGAAUAAAAUCGAUGAGUCAUUAGUUUGGGCAGAACAAUCAAGAGCUGUUAGCCUUAAACAAUUAUUAGGUGAAUGCAAUGUUAUGCCAAAGUUACGUCCUGUAAAUUUUAGUACAGAAUUUUCUCAAAUUCUUGAUACGGCAGUUGAAACACAGUCGAUUCUUUUAAUUUAUACAUAUGUAGAAUUGUCACAAAGUGUAUUAAUAUGGCUUAUUCCUCCACACAAAGAUAAACCUAUUUUUGCAACUUCCGUACCAUUUAAUCUGGAGAUGAUUAAUGAUAUGGAGAAUGAGAUGGAUGAGGUGCUGAAUUUUCGAGGUUCACGUGGUAGCAACUUGUAUAGUGAUAAUGUUGAAAAUUCCGAUAAAAUUGAAUCAUGUACAUCUUGUCUUAAAGAAUUAUCAGAUGCUCUUCUUCAACCAGCAUGGCAAUAUCUUCAAGAUUGUAAUUGUAAAAGUCUUGUGAUAUUCCCUCAAGGUCUUUUACAUAGUAUUCCAUUCGCAGCAUUACCAGUACCAGGCCAACCCCAGAAUCAUUAUCUAAUUAAAGAAGGAUAUACAAUUUUGUUUGGUUUUUCGAUUAUUAUAUUCCGGUAUCUUAAUACCAGUUCCGAAUCUAACCAAAAUAUUUUACAAAUGCCCCCUGAUCAUGCGACAGUUGUGGGUUAUCCAUCCGUUCAUGAAAACUUGACAGAAAAUUUUGGACCUUUAAUCAAUAUGAAACGAGAAUGUGAAAGAGUAGCAUUUCACUUAAAUUCAUCACCAUUAACAGAUAUUAAUGCUACCAAGAAAGCUGUAUUAAAUGAAGUUAAGAAUGCAUCUAUUAUUCAUUUUGCUACUCAUGGUUCUCUCAAAAUAAAAUUCUUAAGAGAACCACCACCAUUUGUUCGUGGAGCAUUGUUAGUAUCAUGGAAUCCGGAAGAAAGUGAGGGAAGCUUUGAAGAAGGAAGGGAUCCGUUUGUAAAAGAACCACCUGGUGAAAUGCUAGGAGAAUCACUAUAUCCUUUACAUUUAUAUUUAGAAGAUUCAUAUGAUGAAUGGGAUGCAGUGGUAGAUUCUUACGAAAGUCAGCAUUUUAUUUUUGCAACAGAGUUAGCAGCUAAUAUUCGAAAGGAGUGUACUUUCGUUGUCUUGGGAGCAUGUAAUUGUGGUGGAGGACAGAUGGCAGCAGAGAGUGUUAUCGGAUUUACACGAGAGCUUUGUGCUUCUGGCGUUCGGCUUGUAUUGGCGAGUCCACGAAAGGUUAUUGAUGAUGUCACAGCUAAAUUAAUGGAUAUUUUUUACCUAGAAUUAAAAAAUGGAGGUCGAGUAACUGAAUGUUUAAACAAAGCAAUGUAUCACUUUAUUAAUUCUCAUCCGGCAUAUUGGUGCUCCUUUGUUCUUACUGGUGUGGAUUUGUUAGUAAAAAAGAAAAGUGAGAUCAAUGCUUCACAAGAACUAAGCAUAUAG